UUUUAACUUUUAAGCGACGACGCGAGGGCUUUCGGGAGAGGAAGAAGAGGAGGAGGAUUCUUUUCGACGGCGGAGGGUUGACGGCGAUGGCUUCAGCAGUGGCCGGAUCGAGCGCUGCAGUCCCGUUCUGGAGGGCUGCGGGCAUGACGUACAUAACCUACUCCAACGUCUGCGCGUCCCUGGUUCGGGGCUGCCUCAAGGAGCCCUACAAGUCGGAGGCUGCAACCCGGGAGAAGGUCCACUUCGCCAUCUCAAAGUGGGCCAACGGCAAGCCCGAGAAGCCUACCAUCCGGUCGGAUUCACCUGAAGAAUGAGAGCUGCCCAACUGGGGCUCUGAUGGCUUGGUUCUGCCUGUGGAGCUCUCUGUCUUGAUUGUUUAUGCACUUUUACGAAGCUUGGAUAUUGUAAUCCGGAGUGGCCGUUAGCUGAUGAGAUGUUUCCAGCAUGCAGGCAAUAAAAUUUUGAUGUUGGUAGAUAUCGAACCAAUAUUUUUCUUGAUGGUUUUUUGGGUUUGGUAUGAAUUUAGUUAUCAUUUUAAAAUUCAAGUGACCCUUCUGUUUAUAUAUUUACUUUCGUUCUGCCAACAAAUGCAUGAGCUAUAUGCACACCCUAUAAUUCGAAUGUUGUAGUUGGCUAAA